AUGGUACACCUUGUGGCUGUACCAGAGACAAUCACGGCAAGUGGCUGUGCUUGUGUCUUUAUCGACACCAUCUUCCGACUUCAUGGGUUGCCCCGUGAACUCGUAUCAGACAGAGAUCCACGCUUCACUGCUUAUUUCUGGCGUUCCGUGUUCAAAUCACUCGGAACGCGCUUGAAGAUGUCGACAUCUGAUCAUCCAGAGUCAGAUGGUCAGACGGAACGUGCCAAACGUGUCCUUGAAGAGAUACUUCGAGUAUACGUACACUCCUUCAAGAGUUGGAGUGAGUUUUUGCCAAUGGUAGAGUUUGCCAUUAACAACUCGGUGCAUGCGUCCACGACCCAUACACCGUUUUACGUGAAUGGCUUACGCCAUCCGCGUGUACCCACCUUACUAGAGUGUAACUCUGGUUUAAGGGGGGGAGGGACUCGCGCGAGCAAAAACCGAUUUGGUUCACGCUCAUCACGCUCUGACGAAGAGGUCAUUGCGUUUGAUGCCGAUAUCGAUAACAUCGAUAUCGAAGAAGAUGAUGCCAGUGAGAGUGCGGAAGCCCUCACUGAAGAAGAUGAUGCCAGUGAGAGUGCGGAAGCCCUCACUGAAGAAAAGGUUGAUAUUGCUGCAGUGCGCUCACAGCGCACUGAAGCUAACGAGUCAUCAGAUGAGUUCAUACUGGCUCGUGAAACGGUAGUCCGUGUUGUGCAAGACUCCAUCGCCGAAGCGGUGGACAAGCAAAAGCAAAACGCUGACAAGAAUGGAAGGGCAAACACUCUUUUAUUUAAUAAAGGUGACUUAGUCCUGCUGUCUACGGUUAACCUACCAAAGCAUGUAGUGACUAACUUGGGUAGUAGUAAACUUCUACCCAAGUACAUCGGCCCAUUUCGUGUAUUGCACCGCCUAGGCAGUGCAUACACGAUCGAUUUGCCACGUAAGAUGCGAACGCAUCCCACGUUUUACGUUGGUCGGCUUAAGCCGUACCAUCAGUACGCUGCUUCUUCCGAUGAAGAACGCCCUUGCGCUCAAGCAUCUCGCAUAGAGCCUUGUGCUCCCGAUGGUGGGCAUCGACAAGGGUCUGAAGAGCAGUUACCUCAUCCGAGACCGAUCAACAAUCCCACGAGCUACCCUUAG